CUCAAGCCGUACCAAUGCGCCCGUGAACACCGACAACCUUGGAAGCAACUUUAGACCACAAUGGCCACGUUCAUUAACAGGACAGUGCCACAAAUGGCAGCCAGUUACUACUAUCGACCAACUCAGGCCGCAGCACCUGCUCCGAGGCCUGUAGCGAAUGUAAGGGAUGACUAUGAACGAUGGUAUACAGAAACAAGCUCGACAAACAGAAUGUCUCUUUCCCUGCGAUCCGGAAUUCACUCGGAAGUUUCAUGGGCUCUGGAGCGCUUAUGCCGCUUGGCCUACAACGAACAGUUCUCCUUGAACUCCUACCCUGGUCUCAUCGACGGUUUGUUCGACUGGCCGGAGUGGUACGUGACUGAAGGAUACAAAUACGCGACCGACGACAACCUUCUCUUUUCCCCCCCUCCCGAACAUGCCUCCCGAUAUCGCUAUGCCAUGGAGUCCAUGUUUAUCAUGCGCAACGCAGUUUUAAAUGACCAUAAUGCACGGGAACUCGCCCAACACUCGCACUCCCUUCCCCUCAUCCUGAAAGCGCUAGAGAAUCUCGACUUUACAAAGGACCCAAACCAAGAAUUCCUCCUUCAUAUCCUCGACGUUUUUCAAGUGCUCGCACCCAACCUUGUCAUCAUCCCUUCCGUCCCCGACUCUCUAAAUCCAAUAAUUCCCUUGAACCGGAUUGUAUCCAAAUCACAAAACCGAAGCUUGGUCAUUUCCGCUUUCCUGGGCCUCAAUGCUGUUUUGUCUCAUCCAUCCAAUGUAUUCCACCUUUCCAAAGCUUCCGGUGCGCUUUCGACAGCCAUUCUUUACCUUCCCCUCUUUGUGGAUAAACCGCUGCUGGAGGCAGCGCUGGAGCACAUCUACAUCCACAUCUCCAACCCCUCUGCCGCAAGGGCUUUCUUGUUGGACCCACAACUGCCAAACACACUGAAGGUGCUCUGCUCACUGUUAUUGGCCGAGCAGGCUCACCUGGAAGAAAAAGUGAAUAUUGACAUCACGAGACCGUCUCAUACAGUGGCCUCAAACGCCCUUGCCGCGCGGGAUUACGAGCUGACGAAGGAGGAGCUGGAGGAGGUUCUGCCGAAACCAGAGCCGCAGCGGUGUUAUGAUUGGAUGCGAUUGAUGUUGACUCCAAGACCGGAGGGAGAAAUGACUCAAGUCGAGAUUUGGACGAUGUAUAAAGACACAUUCUCCCCUCAUCAAGACAAGUAUCCAAUGUUGGGUGCUUCCGAGGUCAUUAAAAAUAUCACCCAUGUGUAUCCAACGGCGCAAGCAAUGGUUCUCCCAGGCCAGGUGCAGCGAUUCGUAGUGCGGGGCAUCGACCGAAGGAAAUACCUGAACCCAAAUCAGAAACACCAAUGCCUAUGGGACCGUAGCUCUUGCAGCGCUGGCGUCCUCCCUUCUCCCUCUGAGCUCGCAGAGCACUUACUUGAACACCUUACCUCUAUCGGACCGUCCGGUUCGAACACCUUCCCCUGUGCUUGGUCAACAUGCAACCAGACUCUCAAUUCGAUUCAGCAACUGCGAGCACACGUCCUCACGCAUAUACCACCUUCUCAACCGUUCCAGCGACAUCCAUCCCAGAGCGAAACAAUCACGCUUUCUGCCGACGACCCAUACUAUGCAAACAGUACGCCAACGAUGCGGUCUGUGCCGCCGCCGCCUAACACCGUCAUCUCCUUCCAAGUCCCAACCGUCGACCCACCUUCUCAUUGCCUCACAGCCCUCUUAAUCGUCCGCAUCCUCUUCAGAACGGCUUUUGCGGACGUGGAGGCCGCUCCCAAAGCAGACGAAGAUCAUUUUGGCUUCCCUGGAGUUGUCGACGAUGAAGCAGGCGCUGCAGAGGCUGAAACCUUAGCUUCAGACGUCGAAGGAUCGAGGAAAGGGAGGAAAGCAUUUAUGAAUGUUCGUCAUUUGAUCAGCAAUAUACGAGUGAAGGACGAAGCGUUGAUGGGCUGGGUCAUUGAGAUGCUGGCAGCCGUUACUCCAGGACAUUGA